UAAUUUCGGGAUAAUACUCUCCACUCCCACUUCCUCUUUAAUAAUGGCAUUCUCCUGUAAUUACCUGCAAUUUUCACGCCCAUUUCCAUACACCCCCUCAUUUUUUAACCUCCUUUUCCUUCUCUAAAUCUCCAACACAAAAACAUUCACAUACCCACAAAAACUGAAACCACUCUUUCUUUCCCAAUCUUCUCAUAUUUCAAUCCUCUUCCUGGUUUUCCGAUCAAACAAUCAGUAGUUUUCCGGUGAUCGGCAAAAAUGACGGGCACAAGGAUGCCAACUUGGAGGGAAAGAGAAAACAACAAGAGAAGAGAAAGACGACGUCGUGCUGUUGCUGCUAAGAUCUAUUCUGGUCUUCGUAUGUACGGUAAUUAUAAACUCCCUAAACACUGUGAUAAUAAUGAAGUUCUCAAAGCUCUUGCUCGUGAAGCUGGUUGGAUCGUCGAAGAAGAUGGUACCACUUAUCGCAAGGGAUGCAAACCUGUGGAGCCCAUGGAUAUUAUUGGUGGAUCAGCCUCGGUCAGUCCUUGCUCAUCGUAUCCAGUUAGUCCUCGAGCUGGUGCCUCCUACAAUCCAAGUCCUGCUUCCUCCUCAUUCCCAAGUCCAGCUCGUUCAUAUUAUGUUCCUAAUGCCAAUGGCACCACUGAUCCUAAUUCCCUUAUCCCAUGGCUUAAAAACCUGUCUUCGUCUGGCUCCUCGUCUACAUCAUCUAAGCUUCCUUAUAUAUACAUCCCUGGAGGAUCAAUUAGUGCUCCCGUAACACCUCCAUUGAGUUCACCAACCUGCAGAACUCCGCGAACCAAAAAUGAUUGGGAUGAUAGUAAUGUUGUUCCACCAUGGGCUAACCCCGCAAACUACUCUUUGCCUUCGUCCACACCUCAGAGCCCUGGUCGCCAACCCCUUCCUGAACCAGGAUGGCUUGCAAAUAUCCAAAUCCCACAGGGUGCACCUACUUCUCCAACAUUUAGUCUUGUUUCCUCAAAUCCAUUCGCCUCAAAAGACGAGGUGAUGGCUGGUAGCGGUUCAAGGAUGUGGACACCAGGGCAGAGUGGGACAUGUUCUCCGAUUGUUGCUUCAGGGUCUGAUCGCACAGCAGAUGUUCCAAUGUCAGACGGGAUUGCAGCUGAAUUUGCAUUUGGAAACGGAAUGACGGGGGGGCUUGUUAAGGCAUGGGAAGGAGAGAUAAUUCAUGAAGACUGUGUACCUGAUGACCUUGAACUCACUCUAGGAAGCUCAAGAACAAGGUGAUCAGUUCCUAUUCGUCCAAACAGACUUGUUCGAUGAAAUAUUUACAGGUCAGAACGCCCCUUACUUCAGCAUUUGCUGAACAAGGUUGCCUGAGAGUUGGAAACUUAUCCUCUGUAUUGGCCUGAAUGCGAUGGUUUGGAUUACCGGCAAAAGAAAAUCUCUUGCUCAUACCUUUAGGAGGCGAUAGCAAGGAAUCGUUGGUUCAUUUGUUUGUUUUUCCUUUUUGGACCUGGUUAUUUUUCGAAGUUGGGCUAAAAGGAGGAAAAAAACCACAAUACCUAUACAGUAUUAUUUAUUGUGACCUGUUUUAAGAUUGGAUUGCGAUUAAAAGCUAUGUAUACCAAGUAGAUGAUUGGUUUUGUAGUCCUGAACUCGAGAUUUGUUUGUAGUUUCGUUUUUCCUUCGUUA